AUGGCCGCUGUGCGUCCAAAGCUCACCGUGUCCCCCGCGAGUGCGGCGCAGUAUGCCCGGAGCAUGUCCGAUUCGCCGGCCACCGACUUCCUCGACCUCACCCGGUCCUGCCCCACAAGCCCGUCGGUCGAACCGGCACGCGCAUCUGCUGCUAAGGGCAAGCCUAGCGUGAAGAAGAUGCGCAGGCGAGUCGCGCUGCUUAGCGGUGUGCAUCUCAACCUCCCGAGCUCCCCAGUGGUUGGCCCCUCCCCCCCGGGCAGCUCGCGUGAGACUGAGUAUACCUUCACUGCGGAGUGGGACUCGACGCAAGACGAGUUCGUGUUCUCGGACAUCGAAGGCGCAGGGCCAAGCACGAACACACCGUCCUCUUCGUCGACGUCGUUCACGACGGGGGUGCGCAGCACGCGCACCUUUGCGGGUCCGUUCCCGUUCGACGUGAGCGAGGACGAGAUGGAGCUGCUGCUCUCGCCCCGCGCGUGCGCGACGUCCAUCGCGCGCUCGCUCUCCCUCAAGCUCGCCAUGGCUCAUUCGAUUUCAAAUCCUUCAACAUCUUCUACCUUGUCCCCGCUUUCGCGCUCGCCUCUUUCCCCCGCUAUCUCCGACAUUUUUGACCUCGACGAUUCCGACUACGCCGAUUCCGACACCUCGUCGUCUUCCAUUGGCACCCCUUCGGACAUGUCCCUCUCACCGCCUUCCUACAAGGACGCCCACUUCGACCCCCCGGUUAUCUCCGUCACUUUCUUCGAGCAGGAGAACACGGCACCCUCGGUGGCACCCGCGUCUUUGCGCGAGCACCCCUCUCCGCUGGAGGUGUUUCCGCCAGCGCGAGCGAACCGCGUCGCCCUCGGCCCCUCCCGCGGCCACUUCCGCCGGUGCCCGCCCGCUCCGGGUCGUCGAGCGGUGCAGACGUCGUACGUCACUGAGUCGCUGCCCGCGCCCCUUGGCGCCGUCGUGUCUGUGCUGAAGGGUGACGCUGACGGGCUGCCGCUUGCCACACAGCGCCGAGUUCGCUCCGUGCCGCGCCCGCUCCCGCCGUCCCCUCGGGGAUGGUCGCACGCACGGGGGACGAGCGACCCCGCGCUACGAUCGCCGUCCUUCCUCGACAUGACCACCCUUCCCGCCUUGGCCCCGACGCGGUCUUCGUCUCUGUUCUCGUCAUCGACCCAGUCCGCCACUGCGAUCGCGCCGCCAUCGGCGUGGGCGCAGAGGAUGGCCCCGACGCAGCGCGUCCGACACGCUCGUUCGGUCAGUGCCCUCGGGUCGAGCUCGGGUGGCUCGCGCCGCUUCUUUCCUGCUUCGCCCGGCCCCGCGCCCCGCACGCGUCCUCCGCCGCCGCCAACGGUGCUGUGA